GCCAAAUGCCACCAUUUCGGCACGAUCGCACGUGGUGAACACCAUGGUGAGACUUCCUCAACAUGACCUGAAUCUCAUGGCUGUUACCGAACAAGCGAACCCCAAGAUGGGGACGUAAAUUCCAUGUCCCCGAGCUGUAAAAUGGUCAAUUGUUCCAAACAUAUCAGUCGUCUCUCUUCGUCCGCCGUUGUUCACUUCUCUGGUAUCUACCUGAGCACAGCUGGUCUGUUUCAAUUCUCCCCUUUGCGUUUUCCAGACCUCACACUUUCUCCUCCUUGCUUGCCAUCGAUCCUUCUCAUUCAAACGGCAAGCACCAUGCGUUUCUCAACAGCAGUUUUCCUCGGCCUCCUUGCUCUUUCCUCAGCAGCGCCGGUCGCUCUGAAAAACAAGAGAGCUUCAGUCCUUACCACUCAGUCGUACGCAGACUUCCAAGUCAGUGAUGGCGUUGCUGGAAAUGCCCUAGCAGAAGUCAACGCCAAAUUCCCAAUCAAUCAGUCCGACCUUGCCAAUGUCUCUUCCGAUGAUUUGAAAAUCAUCAAAGCCGCCCGAGUCACUGCCGAAGAUGCAGAGACUGGCACAGGAGGUUUCAACGAUGAGAUUGCUGCGGCUGGGAGCGGGGACACGACAGCCUUGCAAAACGGAAAAAUAAAAAACAAGGUCCUGAAGUUGCAGCUUGAGGUGCUAGCCCUACAGAUCGAAGCUGCUCAAGGGGAUGCUGAUCAGGCCAAGAUCAAUGAGGAGACUACAAAGUUGAACAAGAAUGUGUCUCUCGACAAGGCUGCAGCUGGACAGAAAAGUGUCGGGGUGACUGAUACAUUCUCCGGGUAGAUCAAAAUCACCAACGCACGCGGC